AUGACGGCGGACUCCACCAGCAGCAGCAAGAUCUGGCAAGAGCUGCGCAAGCUCAGAGACGACAUCCCCCCGCCGGUUGACAACAACACCGGCAGCAACAAAGGAGACCAGGAGAGUUCUACCUGCUACAAAGACUUCGCAGCGUUUGCGGCUUGCAACGAGGUUCGGGUCGCAAUCGGACGCUCCUCCGCACUCCCCCGAGACCAAUUCCUCGCGAUCUUCAGGCAGCUCGUGGCCGGGCCCCGACUAGACGAACUCCUCGAGCUUUUCAAGUUCAGUCGGAGUCCUCCCCACCCAGCCCUGCAGUACGCCUGCCUUGUCGCCCUACACGGCGUCGCCGAGCUCAGCGAUAGGCGCAAGGACCUGCUCACACGGCCCGACGUGGUCAAAGAGCUUUGCGCGGUGAUGGCGUCUCCUCGACAACGGCUAGUCACUCCGACGUCAGCGGGCGCAGGCGGGGUAGAGAUUGUCAACGCGGCGGCCGGUGCCGUCACUACAAUUACCGGACUCUUCACUUCUAACGGGCCCCUGGAGCCUCCCUAUGCGAAGCUCUGGGUGGAACUGGGAGCCGUCUCAGCUCUAGCCUCGUGCCUGGAGAACCACGCGGUGUUCGACCGCUCAAACCCCGUUUCUGGCGACCUCCCAUUGUGCUUCUUCCUGAUCGCCACGUCGUUGCUCGCGGGAGCGGCGGACUCCGUCUCCGAGGAGGACAAGCUCAGACUCGGGAAGGCUUGGCUCACGGUCUUUUUAGAGGCCACCAGGUGGAUCGCUGACGAGGCGGCGGACCUGCUCGCAGACUUCUACACCCGUCCCAACUGGCUAAAAAAUAUCGUGGAACGUAUGCCCGAAAAGCUGAGGGCGAGCGCAGUGGCGGCUGCGCGCGAGUGCGAGCGGGAGGGGACCGGGAGCGGAAGUAGUCCCUGGAAGGGUGGCAAGGCCGACCGCCUUGCUCUGGCUCUGCUGUGCGGCAACGCGUACAACUGGGACGCGGGGGGCGAGCUGGUGGGGAGAAGAUGUGCGGGGCCUCGGUGCGAUCGGGUGCAAAAGUGCGGCCAUGGUGGCGGCAACCCUCAUCCUGCUGCUAGUGAGGAUGAGGGCGGAGAUGGCGCCGCCAGUGUGGCAUUCAAGCGGUGUUCGCAGUGCCACGCCGUAGGUUACUGCUCCCGGGAAUGCCAGAAGGCGGGCUGGAAGAAACACCGGAAGGCUUGCUCGGCGGUUAACUCUUGA